UGCAAAGACUACUGUACUAAAACCUCUAAGCCCGCCAAAGAAGAUGAAUGUUAAACCCUAGCAAGGAACCAAAUCCCUGGAUUCUCCCUCGCAUUCGAAGUUCUCUAGGAGUACAGGCCUUCGUUAGUUCAAUCAUGGCUUCCGCCUGUAACAGAUUCGUCAACAGAACAUCUCUCGCAUCCCUCAAAUCCGCCAUUAAAUCGAAAGUUCUAGCACCUGCGUUCGACGGAGCUGCAACGUCGACAUCUUCAAGAGUCCUUCUUUCCAAUCGUUCCACUUCUAGAUCUCCUCUUGUUCGAUCUUCUUUGCUUAGCAGAUCUCCUGUGGAACUUGGAUCUGCACAGUCUCUGUUGCCUCUCCACAGUGCGGUUGCCGUUGCAAGGCUCACUUCAUGCCUGAGCUCGAACUCGAGGAGUUGCCGCGCUCUCUCUCAGGGCACAUGAGGUCCCCAAUGCUUGAAAGAAAUAAGCUGGGCUUUACAGGACCUGCGAAUUAUUGAUUUACAGCGUCAUUGUCAAGUAUCAACAUUCUGUUAAAAGACCGACCAGUUACAUAUUUAAGAAGACCUUAACAAAGAUGUUUCUAGUGCUCCUGUUCAUUAUCCCGAACUUCAGUCAUCCUUCAAUUUUCAAAAUAUGAUUGAAUGGGAUAUGUCAUUCAGAGGUGUUAAUUUUCUGACAAAGGGUACAAAGAGUUGUUCUUUUUUGGAAAGUAUUUUCUUAAGUGUUGGAGGUUCCUUAGUGGAAAAGGUCUGCAUUAAAAUUUUAAAUUGAAUCUUGAUUUUUUUUAUUAACCAUAUACAUCAAAAUCUCAUGCCUUUUAU